AUGGAGGCAAACAACCGCAGUGACUUAUCACCUCCACCGCCAUUGACGAACUCCAACCUCGGCUCUUCGAGGACCUCCUUGAACGAAGAAGAGCAAGAAGGUCAUCUGGGUUUCCCAGACGGCGGCUGGCGUGCAUGGGGCGUUGUUUUUGGCUCCUGGUGUGCGAUGGUGCCGUCUUUUGGGCUGAUGAACACGAUUGGUGUGUUUGAAGCUUGGCUGGCAGAUCAUCAGUUACAAGACCAUUCGAAAGCUUCCAUCGGCUGGAUCUUCAGUCUUUAUGUAUUUCUCCUUUAUUUUGGAAGUAUUCAAGUUGGGCCUAUUUUUGACUCCCAUGGAUUGAAGCCUUUACUGAUUCCGGGAUGCGUUGGACUAGUCGGAUCGUUGAUGGUCUUCAGCGUGGCAGAAGGUUGCAUCGCUCAUUGGUUCCUUCGGCGUCGUGCUUUGGCUACAGGAGUAGCAGCGACUGCUGGCGGAAUUGGAGGCAUUAUCUUUCCGGUUCUAGUCUCUAAUCUCGCCGGACGAUUAGGCUUCCCAUGGGCCAUGCGAGUCAUUGGCUUUAUAAGUGCUGUGUUCUGUGCGCUCUCUGUAGCGCUUCUGAGAACAAGAGCAUCUUUGCUGAGCCCGGUACAGAAAGGAAAGAUUGAUAUCCAUUCAUUGGGUGAGCUCCGCUUCGCGUUGUUGACGGCUGCCAUCGUUUUGAUCGAUUUCGCUCUCCUGAUUCCCGUGACUUAUUUGCCCUCCUACGCUCAGUCGCACGGCCUGGGCGAUUCUCUCGCAUACAACCUAUCGUCCAUUUUGAACGCAGCCUCGAUUUUUGGACGGAUCGUCCCUGGUUAUCUUGCUGACCGGUUUGGCCGCUUCAAUGUGAUGAUCAUUACAACAUUUGCCUGCUCUGUGAUUACUUUCGGUCUCUGGCUUCCUUCGCGGUCCAAUCACGCGGCCAUAUUGGCCUACGCCGUAAUUUUUGGAUUUUGGAGUGGCUCUGCAAUCAGCCUUGCUCCUGUUUGUGUGGCGCAAAUCUCCAAAACGGAAGAAUUUGGCAGACGCUAUGGUACAACGUAUUUUCUGGUCAGUUUGGGCACCCUUCUUGCCAUUCCAAUUGCCGGCGAACUUUUGAAAGUUCGACCACCAAAUGGAGGAUUGGAUAACUACUACGGCUUAAUUGUUCUUUGUGGAUUGGUUUAUUUUUGUGCAUGCCUUUUUUUUAUCCUAUCUAGAGCAGUGAGUGUUGGCUGGGGAGUUAAGGUCUUCUAG